GAGGAGGCACUGCUUUGGGGACAGCUGCGCAUGCGCAACGCGAGGCCUCGGCUGCAAAAGGAGUCCUGGGGUCGCCAAUCCUGGCUGCUGCUGCUGCUGCGCCCAUGAGCUGCGAGGUGGAAGUGUUGUACUUUGCAAGAAGUGCUGAGCUUGCCGGUGUCCACACCGAAACCAUUUCAGUGCCCCAACACAUAACAUCACUGCAACUGUGGGAAGAAAUUGUGAAAAAGCAUCCAAGUCUUUCUGCUAUACAGGACCAAGUGGUUUUUGCUGUCCGGCAGGAGUAUGUGCUUCUUGGAGAACAGCUGUUAGACCUUCGCUCUGGGGACGAAGUUGCAAUUAUUCCUCCUAUUAGUGGAGGUUAG